AUGUUAUGCUCGAAAGGUACGUAUUAUUUGAGAAGUAGUCAACAAGUCAUUGGUAACACCUACAAAACCUGUAGAGCUUUACUUCAAAUUAGCUUGAAAGUAUUUAAGUACUAUUUGUCGGUAUACUUUAAAAUUGCAUUUCGUAAAGUUAUGGCUUUGGAUCUUUCAAGUGUGAAUGACACUUCUUUCGAAGAAACUGGCUCAAAUACAACCUAUAAUUGUGUUUUCCUCUCUUCAGAAGUUAUUUCUUUCCCUGGGACUAAUGAUAUUCUCUUUUAUAUAUCUGAAAUAGGUCAUUUAAUUUUGGCAAACUUCUUCGUUGAACAUUCCAAUGGAAGUUACAUACUUAAAAAACUUCCACAUAUCAAAUUUUCGCAUGAUUCAUCCGAUUUACCAACAAAUCUAUCUUUGGAUAAAUGUCUCUCAAACCAAGAAAAUGUAAUACCACAAUUCUCAGUAAAUGAUUGUUCAAAUAUAUUGGAUAUAAACUUCCCUAGUAAAUUUGGACGUAUUGAGACAGAUAUACAGUCUUCAGCUUUGGAUUGCACAAAUGUUUCUCAUGUUCAAACAUGUUCACAACAGACAGUAGUUAAUUCAUCAUCUUUGAACGUACCAGAAUUAGAAAAUCCAGCUAAUUCUACCAUUCCCCGUCCACAAUGUGAAAACAGUUCACCUAAUAUGAAUAAAAGUAAAAAUUCCUCGUCUCGCAUUUCACGAUCAAAAUUUUUAGGACAAAUCGUUUGUGAACUAUUGAACAAAAUGAAGAAUCGUAUGACGUCAUCAGAAAAUCAAGAAAUCAUCAUUCAAGGACAUAAUUUAACUGAACUGGAGCAUUUUGUUAAACACUUGCGAGAGUUUCGUCUACGUUUAGGUCUUUCACAAGUUCAACUAGGUAUAGAGCUUUCAAAACAUUUUAACGAUAAAGCCUUAUGUAGUCAAACUCUUCUAUCAAGGUUUGAGAAGUUAAACGUCACUGUUAGAUCUGCUUAUCGGCUUUUGCCUUAUCUAAAACGUUGGAUUUCACAUACUGAACAAAAUCAAUGUGGUCAAAUCACUAUUGAAAAAUUGUCUGUCUUUCAUCAUUCGAUUCCUGUACGUGCUGUAGGCAACUCCCGUCUAACUACAUUGGCUCGUUUAGGUCGUACCGAUUAUAAUCCUUCAUCCUCUUCUUCGUCAACUUCAUCUGUUUUAGCUCUCGUAAAGAAACAAGUCAAAGAUAAUGAUUGUGUUGCCAAUUGUCGUACAGAUCAUUCUUCACUUUCGGAGCUAACUUCUGAUAUAUCUGAAUCCAAUUGUAAAUUACCAGAUCCACAACAAAAAAGAUGUCGGCGGCGCCGUACUUAUUUUUCCCCAAAAGCUUUAUCAAUAUUAACUGAAUUUUAUUCUACAAAUACUCGACCAAAAGGUACUGAUUUCACUGAAUUGGCAUCAAGAAUUGGCUGUGAUAGAGAAUCAGUUCGCGUUUGGUUUUGUAACAGACGUCAAUUAGACCAUGAGUGCUCUCAAAAAGUUUAG